GCCGACGUACGCAAUUACUAAUCAACAAAUGAAUUCUUCCUGCUUCAGUUUCCAAAUUCUUCCACACAAUGUCGCGAUGGACCCAAUACGACGAAGACAGCUACCGCCUACCUGAAGGGAUGGAACGUAUAGGCUACGAUUCAGAUAGUGGCAAGUAUAUAUUUCGGGACAGAGAUGGCUCAGUCUGGCAAGGUCCUGAGGGUGCUGAAUACGGAGAGAUGACCAGAGUAUCAGGUUCAAGUGACCAAGAGGCUCAAGCAGUCAUGGAAGAACCUAGUGUGCGCGCUGACGGUUACCAGCCACUUGCAACUGAUAUUCACUCGGACGCCCCCUUAGCUUUCCGUCGCCCAGUGAACGCAAAUGCUUAUCGAACUCUCGCACCCUUCUUUCUCCUCAUCGGCGUAGUCCUACUACUUGUUUGGAAGCUUACACACUCCGGAUGGUCCACUUCACCAAGCCCAUGCCCUGCGAAUGCGACUACCCCGUAUAUGAUCCAACCAGGCGAUUAUUGCUGGGACAUUGCACGGUCUCAUAAUUGCACACUUGAAGAGCUAGAAUCUUUGAACCCUGCUGUUGAUUGUGGCACUUUGCGACCAGGGGCGAUCGUAUGUCUCCCAAAAGCCAUGCUGUCUUCGUCUUAGAAUCAUAGUUGCUUCUGCAUUUCGUUUUCGAUAUCUAUACAUCUACUUCAGGGACUUUAAAUUUAUUUAUUGCGGAUGUUGUACGUGUACAUAUUCUCAUUGUCGUACUAAUAUUGGAACUUGCUAUCUUGUCUAAUUAAUUUCUUCUGGCAUCCGAUUUUCCGUCUGUCGCAGC